GAAAUUGGCACUCACUUGAAAGGGUAUCCAGAAGAUGUCAAAAAAGCAUGGAGAAUGGUUUCAAGCUUCAUCAGAGCCGCUGAAGAAGUGGUAAAGGAAAUUGAGGAAGCUACUGAGAAAAGAGAGCUCAAUGAACUUGUUCUAAUGAUCAUAUGUAAUCGCCUUGAUUUUUCUAGACUUGAUGAAGCUACUCCUGCCAUGAGACUGCUCAAUGAUCUUUUGAAUAUGCAUGAUGGGUUUGAUGAUGAAGGCUGGCUGAAGGAAUUCAAAAAUCGCAUGGUUGACACCUUUCCAAGAGAAAAUCUAUUUAGCGUUCUUGUUCCAGCAGGAAAUGAAAUUAACAAGGAAAGGAGUUGUGUGAGGGUCCUGUGCCUUGCCUAGAUACGUGGUUUUUCAUGUUAUUGCUCAUUAAGACACUUGCUGUUGAUAAUAUUAUUGUGGAAGAAGAAUGUGAACUUAUUGAUGGAAGUGACACAAUCCUACCAAUCAAAG